CUGGAAUGAAAGAUUUGAUUUUUUUUACCAAGGUUAUGUAGUACAUUCUGCAACUUCAUUUAAGACUGAACGUGGUGUGUACAGAUUUACCAUAGAACUGCUCAUUGUUGCUGAUUAUAGUGAAUUCAACAAGUGGUACCAACUGACGUCAGCCUCGCUGUCACAUUCUCAACGUGUAAACGAGGCUACCGAGAAAGUGAAACAGUAUGCUGCGGCGCUCAUACAUUCAAGUAAUAAUGUGUACAGAAGUCUCGAGUUGCACAGUAUAUACAUAGACAUCAAGCUUGUUGACGUCCUCGUCAUGACC